GAGAGUCCUUGCGGAGCUCAGAGCACAGUACUCCUGGAAAUUAGAUGUGGGGAACUGUGUCAGUUUGUUAAAAAAGGAUGAGAUUAUAGAAAACUACAAAAUUCUAAAUCUGGCUUUUUUGUUUUCAACUGAAGAGAAGUGAAACGAAAACUGAAAUUUUCAUCAUUUAGUAAUUGAAUAACACUGAAGUAUAGAUUCAGGUGAUUGCUGGUUUGUAAAAGCAAUAUAGAUGGAUUAGGAACUGCCAGAAAGAACACUGUCAACUUCAAGCAACAUGAAGCUCCUUCUGCUGCUCUCACUCAUUGGGUUCUGCUGGGCUCAAUAUGACCCCCAUACUCAGUACGGCCGGACUGCUAUCGUCCACCUGUUUGAGUGGCGCUGGGCUGAUAUUGCCAAGGAAUGUGAGCGAUACCUAGCUCCAAAUGGAUUUGGAGGAGUUCAGAUCUCUCCACCCAAUGAAAACAGUGUAAUUAACAAUCCUUCAAGACCCUGGUGGGAAAGAUACCAACCAGUUAGCUAUAAAAUCUGCACAAGGUCUGGAAAUGAAGGUGAAUUCCAAGACAUGGUGACGAGGUGCAACAAUGUUGGUGUCCGCAUUUAUGUGGAUGCCGUCAUCAACCACAUGUGUGGCUCAGGCAACCCCGCGGGAACAAGCAGCACUUGUGGAAGUUAUUACAAUCCUAACAACAGGGACUUUCCAUCAGUUCCAUACUCUGGCUGGGAUUUUAACGAUGGCAAAUGUCAAACUAACAAUGGAGAAAUUCAAAACUAUAAUGAUGCUGCUCAGGUCAGAGAUUGUCGUCUGUCAGGCCUUCUUGAUCUUGCUCUUGGGAAAGAUUAUGUUCGCACCACGAUUGCUAACUAUAUGAACCAUCUCAUUGACAUUGGUGUGGCAGGGUUCAGACUUGAUGCUUCUAAACAUAUGUGGCCUGGAGACAUAAAGGCAGUUUUGGAUAAACUGAAUAAUCUGAACACAAAAUGGUUCUCUGAAGGAAGUAGACCUUUCAUUUAUCAAGAGGUGAUUGAUCUGGGUGGUGAGGCAAUUUCAAGCAGUGAGUACUUUGGAAAUGGCCGUGUGACAGAAUUCAAGUAUGGAGCAAAACUGGGCACAGUUAUGCGCAAGUGGAAUGGAGAGAAGAUGGCUUACUUGAAGAACUGGGGAGAAGGUUGGGGUUUCAUGCCUUCUGACAGAGCCCUUGUCUUCGUGGAUAAUCAUGAUAAUCAGCGAGGACACGGGGCUGGAGGAGCAUCCAUUCUGACAUUCUGGGAUGCUAGACUCUAUAAAAUGGCAGUUGGAUUUAUGCUGGCUCAUCCUUAUGGAUUCACACGAGUGAUGUCAAGUUACAGUUGGCCGAGAUAUUUUGAAAAUGGAAAAGACAUUAAUGACUGGGUUGGACCACCAAAUGACAAUGGAGUGACCAAAGAAGUGACCAUUAAUGCAGACACCACGUGUGGAAAUGGCUGGAUCUGUGAACACCGAUGGCGUCAAAUAAGGAACAUGGUUGCCUUCAGAAAUGUAGUUCAAAGCCAGCCAUUUGCAAACUGGUGGGACAAUGGCAGCAACCAAGUAGCUUUUGGAAGAGGAAACAAAGGCUUCAUUGUCUUUAACAAUGAUGACUGGUCACUGUCAUCAACUUUACAAACUGGUCUUCCUGCCGGCACCUACUGCGAUGUCAUUUCUGGAGAUAAAAUCAAUGGCGAUUGCACUGGAAUUAAAAUCUAUGUUUCCAAUGAUGGCACGGCUUACUUUUCCAUUAGUAACUCUGCUGAAGACCCCUUUAUCGCCAUCCAUGUUGAAUCAAAAUUAUAAAAUUAAAAAUAAACACAUAGAGCAUCAAUCAAA